ACAGAGCACGCACUGUUUCAGAUUACACACACACACACACUGAGAGGGAGAAAGAGAAAGAAAAGGAGAGAAAAUCCCAGGGACUCCUUUCUUUUCUUGACGUUUAGUUGGGUUUAUGGAGCCUACGGGUCUGCAAAAUGAAGCUCUGUGCUGUUGCGAUAGUUCUCCUGACUAGGGCUUUUAUUGGAGAGCUGAGUGAAGCUUUAAAUGUGACCGUCACUCCUGGGCCAGUCAGCAUGUGUAUGGAGGGAGACAACAUCACUUUGUCCUGCUUAGUGUCUCAGAGAAAGAGAAGCAGCAAUGCCUUGGUGCUACGCUGGCUCUAUUUCCCCACCCCUGAAGACGAGCAACUCGUGGUCAGGAUGGGCAUGAAGAAGACCAAAUAUUACGGCAACUACAGCAAGCACUUUCCCCAGACUAAGUUCCACCUAUGGGAAGAAAUGGACAGACAGAUCUAUCGCUUGCUAAUCCUGAAUGUGUCCCUGAAAGACGGGGGCAACUAUACCUGUAAAGUGCAGGAAAUACGAAAGCACAGAAAUAAGUGGAAAGCCUCGUCGAAUGGAACAGGGAGCAUGGAAUUACGAGUACAUCAUAUACCAAGCACAGGAAAAGCUGACGUCAUAUGGCGCAUGUUUGAAGAUUUGUAUCUGUGUGCUGUGCUCAUCUGCUCGAUCGGUCUGGUCUGUAUGCUUGUCUUUGCCAUGACUAUCACAUGUCAGCACCUCCAGCACAAACGAAGACUACAAGCCAGUUACUACCUGGUGAAGUGCCCAGAAAACAGCUCGGGAGAGACAGUAACCAGUGUGUCCAGCUCCUCUCCUGCAAUGCACAGAAAAGAGAGACGACACAAACCACAGCUCAGAGAUAUCAUUGAACCACUACCACCACCACAGAUACCAGCUAAAGCACCUGUACCAAGAAAACCACGUAGAACCAAACUUUUAAAGGCACAACCUACAAAAACGCCAAGGGUGAUAGAGGACAGUCUGACAUACGCAGAGCUGGAGCUGGUGAAACCGAAGCCCGAGCUGAAAACAGACUUGACUGGAUGUGCACAACUUGAGCCUAAAACGCAGUGCACAGGGACUGUAUAUGCCCAAAUACUCUUUGUGGAGAAGCAAGUGUAAAUAUGUACAGUAUAGAGUUUCAUACCAAAAUUAUUUAUGAGAUUAAAAUAUUUUUACCUACAUACUGAUGUUUCGUUAUUUCACGUGUACUAGUAUUACUAGUAUAAAAUCUGUAAUACAACAGCAGCAUUUUCUUUUUUAUAUAAGUGGGCACAUUUAUGCAACUAUCAAUUUGAGACCUCUUCUUAAGCAAUAAAAUUAGAGUUGCAUUAUUGAUUUAACUCCAAACAUGCAGAAUUUGAUUAUGCAAUUUUGUGAAGUAUGUAACAAUUUUAUUUUUUGCUAUGUUGUAUAAAAUAAAGAUUACUCCUCUAAAAGCAGAGGAUGAUUCAG